GCAUCAGAGCUCGCGGUAUGGGCCAACCUCUUCUCCGGGAAGUGGGGGGCACGGCUCGUCCGCGAGUGGACCCAGGCAUGGGUGAGGACAAGGACGCUGCCUGAGUCCGAGCGCGGGAGGCAUACCAAGGUCGUGUCGCUUCUGAGCGAUCCCACGGUGCGCGCGGCGGUACACACUUAUCUUCGCUCCGAAAAAUGGAGCCAGAACCUAUUGAAGCUGCAAAAAAUGGGAAUGGGCGGCAAAAAGGGGCAUCUGUCCAACGUCCGUGACACCCGCAAGUAUCGCCGUGUCCUGGAGUCUGAAGAGAUGCCCGAUGGCUUGAAGAAAUUUGUUGCGUCCAAAAUUCUCCCUCGAUACCACCUGAAACCUGGUCGCAUGGGACUUUCCUGCUCGUCCAUGCGCCUUGGCGCGGCUCAUGAUGGCAAGCAGUAUAGUUGGCUACUGCAUGGCGAGUCCUUUUUGAAGAAAAAGGGACCUGGCCGCGGGUUACACCAGAGUGAUUUCAUCUGCUCAACGGUCGGCUGGCUUGCUAAUGCCAGUGUCACACUGGAAUACGGCAAGAAUCAUGAUGGGUUCUGGAACGGUGAAAUGUUUUGUAAACAGCUUAUCGAGAAGUUCUUUCCGGCAUUCGAAGCAGCUCAUGGACCGGGUCAUAUUGCUGUCAUUUUUGUCGACAACUCCCAGGGCCACUCAUGUUAUGCGCCUGAUGCCCUGCGUGCAUCAAAAAUGAAUCUCAAUCCGGGAGGUGUACAGCCAUGUAUGCGAGAUGGCUGGUAUGACCGGGAUGGUCGGAGGGUCACACAGACCAUGGUCUUUCCAGCAGAUCAUCCAGACCACCCAAACCAGCCAAAGGGGAUAAAGGCUGUCCUCAUGGAGCGUGGACUCUGGCAACACUGCGAUUACACCUUCGACACUCUCCGGGAGAACAUGCCGAAAGCCUUGUGGUCUGUUUCAGUGGAACUGAUCCGGAAAUGGGAACAUUGUGCAUGGAGAUUCAUUGACGCAUACACUGAGGGUCUGGGAGCUCAUGAGGCGCAGAAGAAAGUUAAGGAGUUCAGUUCCCGUAGGUAUAAGUCUCACCGUCGUGUACCGGAACAGCUGGCGCAAGCAAUGGACAUUGCAUAA